ACUGAAAGUCCCUCAUCUAAUCUUAGAAAACAAAGAAAUCCACUUUCAUUGCAGAUAAGCUGUUCUUCACUCCAUCGAAGAAACAACAAGUCGAGAGAGCACAACAAGUAAAUUAAAACACUCUGGUCACAAUUUCUGCGUCUCUCCAAUGGCUGCCUCUGCAAGUCCUCUCUCUUCAUUCGCUUCCCUUUCUAUCUCAACAUCUAGAAAAUUUCUCCCAAACCACACUUCUUUCUCCUUCUCAAACAUCAAAACCCAUAAACUCAUCACACCAAUUUCUUCCCUAAAAUUCCCCCAUUCAAAAUCCCAAAAACCUAAACCCAUAAAAGCUACACCCUCUGAUGCAGAAACCAUUUUCAUGGAAAAUGAAAUAAACCCAGAUGAAGAUUUCACAUUUGAGCCACCACCAAGACCAGAAGGUUAUAUUGAACCACCUUCAUUUGAUGAUCUUCCACCAGAAUCUGAAGAUGAAAUUGCAGCAGCCUAUGAAGAAUUGUAUGGUCCUGCUUAUAGUGGUAUGAGUGUGCUAGGUAACGAUGUAUAUGUUAUGGAUUCUAAGAUGAAGAAAGCAACUGGGUUUGGUACAAAGACUAAGAAAGAGAAAAUUAGAGAUGGUUUUGAAGAAAGAGUUGUUCAAGUCAGAAGGGUUACCAAAGUUGUUAAAGGUGGGAAACAAUUGCAUUUUAGAGCUGUCGUUGUUGUUGGUGAUAAACAAGGUCAAGUUGGAGUUGGUGUUGGUAAAGCUAAAGAAGUUGUUUCUGCAGUUCAGAAGUCUGCUGUUAAUGCUAGAAGGAAUAUCAUUACUGUGCCCUUAACUAAGUAUUCAACUUUCCCUCACAGAGCUGACGGAGAUUAUGGGGCAGCAAAGGUGAUGCUUAGACCUGCUUCACCUGGUACCGGUGUUAUUGCUGGGGGUGCAGUAAGAAUUGUGUUAGAAAUGGCUGGUGUUGAAAAUGCUUUAGGAAAGCAAAUCAGGAGUAAGAAUGCGCUCAACAAUGCUAGGGCAACAGUUGUGGCUGUUCAGAAAAUGAGACAGUUCAAAGAAGUUGCUCUUGACCGUGGCAUCCCCAUGGAAGAACUAUGGAAGUGAGAGAUUGUUCCAACUCUAGGUCUUGUAUCCUUGUAAAGGAGCGCUGUAAUUUGGUUUACUUUUUUCUUUUUGCAAGUCUUUUGUUGAGAUCAAAGCAAAAACAACUAGUUACACUAGAGUUGAUGCACAAAGCUUUUGUCUGUAAAACUGAAUCAGAUGAGAUGGAAUUGAAUUCAUGUUUAGUUUCUCUUUCGUGA